UAACACACAGCCUCCCUUCCUGGUCGAGAAAGCAAAUUCGAAACACCCUCCGCCCUCCACGCGCCUCAGUCACCCUUCGUGCUCCGGGAAAGCUACUUUGCGCGCCGCUACGUGGUAUACGUCCAGCACACGGAGCGCGCACACUCGACGACCGACCGGCCUCCGGGCACGCGACGACCACCGAACUAGGCUGCCGUGAACGUACGGCGGACAGAAGAGCGCCACGACCAUGGCGCUCUCAAUACUGCGCUUCCCGAAGCCGCGGAGCCUCCUGCACUUCGUGUCACUACGGACAGCCACCGAGUUCAUCAACUUCACGCUGGUCAUCAACAAAGUCACGGGCCUCUAUGGCAUUCUUGCGCUCCUCACCGGCUACGAGCUGAACUGGCUUCAGCUCAGCCACUACAGCUACUCGCUCAUAGUGUUCGGCCUCCUACUAUACCUGAUGCCUAGCAUACGACGGCCUGACCAACCUCUUCGCAAUGUUGCCCUAGCAUACGUCUAUGUCAUAGACACUGUCGUCAACGGAGUCUACACGGCCCUCUUCGGCAUGGGAUGGUUCCUCCUUUUGUCGCAGCAUCUCGAAGAGCCUGGCAAGGACAACCCACUGAACAAGAGCAAUGGCGUGACAGGCAGUGGAACAAUGGGAGAUACGGCAGGCUUCACCAACCCUGAGCACAAUGUUUCGGAGGUCAACGUGAUUGCAAAGCCAGCUUCGGGAGUGCUCACCGGACAAGAAGCAGUGGCAUAUGGAGCGGCUAGCGGUCCAGCCGCCAUUGGUGGAGCGGUACUGCAGAGCGACAGCAUGACCAGCAUUGCGCUGCUCGCACUCUUCACGAUAGUGAGAGUUUAUUUCUGCCUCAUCGUGAUGAGUUAUGCCCGGAGUAUUCUGAGACAGUAUGUGGCGCAGACGAGCUCGAGCAGCAUGCAAUACAGCACAAGCGAAACAGCAGACUCAACAAUGGCGCCAUCGCCCUUCUCAGCAGAUCGACUGGAGGGUGCUGGCUGGAGAGGAAAGCUGGGAAGGUCAAUGCUCAGGUUCCCAAGCAAGCGUUACUGGCUUGGAAGGGAGGAGACCGAUGGCCAGAGCGAAUGGGAGCGGGCCACCAGCGGCAGAUUCGAAAGCGGAAGGAAGCCACUGAAGAUCAAGGUGCCCGAAACUGGAGUCGGCGAGCGCGAGAGGAGAGCACGGAGCGGGACUGGGCCACCACCUCCCGUCAAGGUCACCAAGGGACCAGAGUAGUAUCUUCGCUGGGACUGUGAGAGGGGCAUGAGAUGGCAGUCAGCGAUUCUCUCCAAGCGACAUGAGAGUGCAGCAAGCGAGCAUGGCACAAGCACGACUGAGGGGUUCCAAUUCGAUGCGAGCAUCACUCGAGAAGCCGGUCAGGACGACGUGGCGAGCACAACGAGGCGGCCAUCCCGGCUCUUUCAUAUGAUGAGUUUGGGCUAGACUGGAGAUCUGGUCAGGUUUGGGCAUGAUGAGUGAUAUCCAUAACAGUUUCGAAGCAAGCAAGAUGAAGGGCACAGGACUGGCCUGAAGCAGAUGUACAGUUUGCAUAGAGACGAAGGCAUAGCGUUAUUUUCUUGUAUCUACUUAAUGAGCA